AUGCUUUCAAAAUUUCAAUCAACAACAUUUGUUUACAUUUCACAUGUUGUUGCUCAAUAUGUUAAUCAAUUGUGGCAUACUGAUUUGAAAUUUCUGAAGGACGAUAACGGUAACCUUCAAUAUUUAAUUUCAUUUCUUGAUGACAGAAGCAGAUACAUUAUUUGCUGGGAUGUUUUCGAUACAAAAGAAAUGAAAAAUACUGCCAGAGUAUUUCGUCACGCAAUUGAUUUAGUCAAAUUAGUUCCACAUGGAAUUCUCACAGAUAAUGGAACAGAAUUCAUUGGAAAAGAUUUUGAAGCGGUUUGCCAAGAAUUCAAUAUAAAACAUUUCAAAACUCAUCCGUACUCUCCAGAGGAAAAUGGAAAAAUUGAAAGGAGUUGGGAGACUCUUUUCAAGACAAACCCUGGAGUGAACGUCUUUGAGUUCAUCCCCAAUGUUGUUUCCCAGUAUAAUAGGGUAUGGAAACACUCCGCAUUAUUCAAACUCUUUGGGGAGAAAUUGACUCCAUUUGAGGCCUGGGAAAGAGGCCCCAGAUGGACAAAAGAUCUCUGCGCUGAACCAGGCUUCGAAAAAAAUCUUAGAGAUUAA